GAACUUAGUGUCUGCUGUCACCAAGAACCUCUAUCUCCAUCCCCUCGUGUGGAUCUGCAGCUCCCUUUCCCCUGAGAGUCCAUCUCCCCCAGUGCCCUAGUCCCUUGCCCUCCCCUGCCCAGUAUCCAGCAUCCCUUGGACAGACUACGUUGCUGUUGCCGUAGCCGUCCCCUGCAGCCGUUCACACAGCAGCCACCUCCUCAGGGCCAGCAAGAUGCAGUUUGAGAUGCACGACCACGUGAAAGGCAAAGCCAUGUCAUAUCCAGUGACUAGUCAGCCUCAGUGCGCCAACACCUGCUACCAGACACAGCUCAGCGAUUGGCACACGGGCCUCACCGACUGUUGCAACGACAUGCCCGUCUGUCUCUGCGGCACUUUCGCCCCGCUGUGCCUUGCCUGCCGCAUCUCCGACGACUUUGGGGAGUGCUGCUGUGCGCCCUACCUGCCCGGAGGACUGCACUCUCUGCGCACCGGCAUGAGGGAGCGCUACCACAUCCAGGGCUCCGUCGGGCACGACUGGGCUGCCCUCACCUUUUGCCUGCCCUGCGCCCUCUGUCAGAUGGCGCGGGAACUGAAGAUCCGAGAGUAAGGACAUCCUUGGUCUUUGGUCUUGCCUGGCCUCCCUGGGAGGCCACUCCUUGGAAAGCCUGUCCCACUGCCCCUGUCCCACCGCCAAAAAAAUACACCCACAAUAAAAACCUGAAAACCAA